AUUUUAAUUGCAAUGCGGUACGGUCACACUGCCUGGCAAAAUCUUUUUGUGAAUCAUUGUUUUUUUUUUAAAACCUGAUAAAUUUUAAGCCAAACCCAGGAUGCAGGAUCAGAGUCCCGAGCUGUACGAGGAGGUGAAGCUCUUCCGGAACGCCCGUGAGCGCGAGCGGUACGACAACAUGGCCGAUCUGUACGCAAUCACCAACACCAUCCAGCAGCUGGAAAAGGCCUACAUCCGCGACUGCAUUACGCCGCAGGAAUACACGGCCGCCUGCUCCAAAUACCUGGUCCAGUACAAGGUGGCCUAACAGGUGCAGUGCGACGAGUUUCCCACGGUGGAGACGUUCGUCAAGAAGUUCCGGCUGGACUGCCCGGCGGCGCUGGAGCGGAUUCGCGAGGAUCGACCCAUUACCAUACGCGACGACAAGGGCAACACCUCCAAGUGCAUCGCCGAAAUCGUGUCGCUUUUCAUUACCAUCAUGGACAAGCUGCGCCUGCAGAUCAACACCAUGGACGCCCUGCAGCCGGACGUUAAGGAUCUGGCCGACAAUAUGAACCGCCUGUCCCUCAUACCGGAGGACUUCGAUGCCAAGCUGAAGGUGGAGAAGUGGCUGGGCAGCCUAAACGAGAUGCAGGCCUCCGACGAACUGAGCGAGGGGCAGGUGCGCCAGUUCCUCUUCGACCUGGAGUCGGCCUACGCCGACUUCAAUAAGCUGCUGCACAGCCAGUAGCGGACAGCUUUUCAUUGUUUACAUGUAUUUUUAAGUUUGAAUAGCUUAUUCCGAAUUAAACGCGUUUUACAUAUACCUAACCAUA